AUGGAUACAAACUGUUCGAAUUCUUCAUCACCUGACGCUUGGAGUGAUCUAACCACUCCGACAAUGAAAUGGUUCUUCCGUCUUCUUUUCUCCGCAAUCUUGUUCGUCGGUUUGUUUGGGAAUGGUGUCGUUAGCCUUGCCAUUGCCCUAAAGCAACGUUUACGGACAACAGCCAACCUGUUAGUGCUAAACCUUUCGGCUUCUGAUUUCGUUUUUAUAUCACUCUACACUCCAACGCAGCUCUCCUUUUUCGAGCACAACUACAGCUGGGUGAUGGGCGAUGCCAUUUGUAAACUCAGCUACGCAGUCCUGCCAGCCUGUCUGUCCUCUACCGUGGGUACCCUGUUGUGCAUUGCGUUCCUUCGCUAUAAAGCAGUAGCCGACCCCUUUCGUGUUCGUUUUGGAUUGACUUACAGGACCACUGCGCUCGUCAUAAGCGUUAUAUGGCUGUUAUCUUUACUGUCUGGACUCCCUGUACUUCUGGUCGCCAAAACUGUACCUUACAAAGACAAGACAUUUUGCGACGAGAUAUGGCCAGUCGGCAAGCCUUACAGAGAGAUUUACUGGGUGUCCAUUUUUGUCAUCCAGUACGCUAUUCCACUGUUGAUCAUUCUGUUUUUGUCCAUUGGGACAGUUAUCAAAGUAAAGAACAGUCGUGCGCGUAUCUUACCAACUACCUCCACAGCUCAUAAUCUAGACACAUCCGUACCAAGUGCUUUGAACGCAAGUGUACGACAGCGACGAAGACAGGAGAGCAAUAUGUCGAGAGUUUUAACUUGUCUGGUGAUUUUGUACGCCAUAUGCAUGCUUCCACAACACGUUGUGUUUUACUGGUGGACGUAUGGUGAUUUGCUGAAGCAGAAAUACUCUUUAUACAUUUUCACCACAGCCAAUAUCUUUCCCAUCGCCAACAGCGCCUUGAAUUCUUUUAUCUACGGAAGCUUACACAAGGAGCUGAAAAAUGGCCUGAAAAACUGUCUAAAAUGUUCUUGA